UUCUUCUCUCCAUUUAAUAUUAGUGUCUCUGGACCACUACCUCAUUUCACACUCCCUCCACCUUUCAUCUCCUUUUGACCCUCCCAACACACACACACACACACACACACACUCUCUCUCUCUCUCUCUCUCUCUCUCUCUCGUACCCAAUGCUCCAUUUCAGGGAAUACUAGCUAGUUAUUUGUGCCAUCUGAUAGGAAAGUGAACUCCUAGACGUACGUUUCCCUACCCAGAGAGAGAAUUAGUAGUAGUAAUAAAAGACAAGAAGCUAGCUAGCGCUCUUCAUGAAGUGCUCCCUUUGUAGCACCAGUACCGGUAAUGUCAAAUAUACCCUCCUCUCUCUCUGAUAUUUGACUCACCCUUCUUCGCCUUGCCAUGUCCAUCGCCGACCCCUGGCCUUUUUCCUAAUUAAACCCAAACAACAACCACCACCGCCACCACAACAACAACUGCCCUUUCCCUCUCUCUCCUCUUCUUUUUUCUCUCUCAUCGCCCGCACCGAUGAAAAGGAUCCGAGGGUUCAAGCUCAAACACCGGGUCUCAACCCUUUUCCGGUUCAUCCUCCGGCAAAACCGGUCGCGUUUCGGGUACCGCCGGGUUACCCCGUCAACAUGCAAAACCACCCCCAUAUCGAACCUCAUCAGCUGCCUCAAGACCAAGGCCAAGUCCCUCUGCUUCUCAAACCCUGUUCGGGGCUACUCUCGGUUGGGUGAUAACCCGGUGCCGAAGGGUCAGAUGGCGGUGUACGUGGGUCAGAAAGACGGUGUUUUCCAGCGGGUCUUGGUGCCGGUUAUUUACUUCAACCACCCCCUGUUUGGAGAUCUGCUUAAAGAAGCGGAGGAGGAAUACGGGUUUACCCACCCGGGUGGGAUCACUAUUCCUUGUCGGAUCUCGGAGUUCGAGAGGGUCCAGACCCGGAUUGCAGCCGGUAACGGUUCACGGAGGUUUCUGACGUGGAUGAAGGCCUCUUGAUCUUAAUGAAGUAUAUAUUAGUAUUAUGGUUUUUUUUUUUUAACGCCUAUAUUAGAAUUACUGAUCAUAGCCUAGAUUGUAAUGAUUUAUUAGUAUGGUAUGGAUAGUAGUCAGGAUUUUAACAUUAA